CUUUAUUCUUAAUUUCUUAUUGUGUUUCCAGUGUUGAUGUCGUUUUCCCUUGGAGAGACCUUCGCCAUCGAUGAACGUCUCAAAGCCAAAGUUACAGUCGUCACCGUCGAUGGUUCACGUUGUUCUCAGGUGCGCCGUUCCUCUCUCGCUCUCUCUAAGGAAACGGUUUUCCCGCUCUCACUUUCCCCAUUUUCUCGGAUGCCAAACACAAUUUUUUCCUCCCUUUUAAGUCUCUCAUGGGUCACCUUCCCACUCCGUUUUCUCAACCGUCCUUCCAUUUCCUCCCUCCUAACCCUAACCCAAAUUCCGUCUCGUUAAACGCUGAGCUUCAAAAUCCACAGCCCCAAAAUCUCACUCCUCAACCUCUGGACUUCUCCGCCACUCUCUCGUCCCUCAAUGGUCUCAUUCAUCACUCUGAACAGACUCUUCGCGCGCUAUUUUCUCUUCUCCCACUCCAAAACCCUAAUCAAGCUCAUUCCAAUGGCGUCGUGCCUUGCCCUUUCAAUUCCCAACACCUUAUGCACCCGAGUUCCCUCUUUUCUCAUUUCCUUCAUUGCUCGUCCUCUCCGUGCCCUAUUCAAUUCGACCUUCUUCCUCAACUCAAUUACACCGAAACCUUAAAUUCCUCUGAUUCUUCUAAGGCAGAACGUGGCUUUCUUCAGACACUUCACGGCUCUGACUCGGAGCUCUGCUUCUCUCUGGAUGAUUUUUAUUCCCAAUUUGGGUUCAAUUUCUUCUACAAUGACUGCCAUGGCGUGGUUAAUCUCUCUGCUCUAGAUGGCAUAAGCAGAACUUUUACGCUUCCCGUUUUUCUGUCGGUCGAAUGCGCCAAUUUUGUGAGCAACAACGAAGAAGAAAGGAAGAGUUUUGAGAGAAAGAAUAGGAAGAUUCUCCCUUCUGAGUUGUGGGCUAUUAGAGCUGAGAUUGAAGCUUGGAAUGAGUAUCCAAAUGUGUAUUCGUACCGUGUUCUUUAUGCCAUUUUGGGAUUGGAUUUUAUUAGUGUUUGUGAUUUAGCGAGAUGGGUGAUUGCCAAUUCGCCUCAAUAUGGAGUUGUGAUUGAUACGGCUAUGAGGGAUCACAUAUUUCUCCUUUGUAGGCUCUGUUUGAAGGCAAUUCUAAAGGAAGCUUUGAAUUUGGUCGGAAACUGUAAUUCAGUGAAGAUUUUGAAUAGUAUGAACUUUAGUUGUCCCAUCCUGGUUCAAGCUUUAAUGUGGUUAGCGUCUCAGCUUUCUAUUUUAUAUGGUGAAAUGAAUGGGAAGUUUUUUGCGCUUAACAUUCUCAAGCAAUGUGUAUUAGAUGCUGCAUCGGGUUUAGUAUUUUUCUCGUUGGAAAAGAGUGUGACUGAGACUCCUGCUUUAGAGGAGGUUCCCCAGAGUUUAGUAGAUUCUAAUGGCAAUGGAAUAAAGGGUUCUGAAGUUCAAAAACCACUUGAAAUACGUAGAAAUGGAGAAGUGAAUAGCGUUGUAGAGGAAAGCUUUACUAGUGGUGUGAUUCUUGUGUCUCAGUUGGCUGCAGCCAUUGCAGCAUUGCAUGAAAGGUCUUUGCUUGAAGGGAAAAUUAAGGGACUGCGUUUUCACCAACCACUUAAUAACUAUCAACGGGUUGCUGAGCAUGAUUAUGUAUCGCAUAGAGCUGAUGAAGAGCGCGAAAAGCGCCCUCAGUAUAGACCCAUAAUUGAGCAUGAUGGGCUUCCUCGGCUGAAAGUAUCUAACGAGGAAACGAGCAAGACAAAGACUAGAGAGGAAUUAUUAGCAGAGGACAGGGAUUACAAAAGGCGAAGAAUGUCAUAUCGUGCCAAGAAGGUGAAGCGAACAAACUUAGAGGUUAUGAGAGAUAUAAUAGAGGACUUCAUGGAUGAAAUUAAGCAAGCUGGAGGAAUCGGGUGCUUCGAGAAGGGAGCUAAAGCAGAGGAUACUCUUUUAUUGAAACCGUCCUAUGCUUCUGAAAUAACCUCAGACAUCAACAUGUCAGAGAAAAGGAACUAUGACUCAUCUGCAGCAGGUGAUAGUCCAGAUCGCCACAGGAAACAAUCAGGCUUUGACUAUGGUGCCCGUGCUACAACUUUCAAGGGUUAUACUCAUAAAGAUUAUGAGCAAACUAAAAGAGGUCUUUAUGGUGACCAUGAACCCAAGGACGAUCAGAGAAGCAUCAGUAGAGAUAAACGUGAUAGAGAGUACUAUUCCAGAAGUCCAAGACACGAUCGAUCAAGUGAUUGGACUCAUCACCGAAGGGAACAAAAUGAGAGGGAGGGAAGUGGGACCAAGCGUCAUGAGUCUAAGCACUCAUCUUCCAGAAAGUCCAAGUAUUACGUGAAUAGAUUAUCAACUUUUGGAUUAACUUCCGAACACAAGUCCAAAUCUAAAGAUAGACAUCACGGAGAUAGAUAUGAAAAUCGCAGUUCAGCACUUUUUUUGCGGAAUACUUUUGAGGAUAGAUAUGAUCCUUCAGAGUCUCAUGGCACAUAUGAAGAUGAUAUCCCUACUAACAGCAAGUAUGUCUGGGGUGAUAAAUUUGUUGAUGGAAAAUGACCUAAUGGGCAGACAUUUCAGAGAAACACAUUUUUCUCUUUACCUUAAUAAACCGGAGCAGUUUUACCAUGUGGGGUAAGUUAUCCGGAGUUAUCCCUCGUCUUUUCAUCGUGGUUUCAUUUGAAUUUGAAAAUGACAUUUUGUUUGUAACAUGCUUCAGCACAACUUUGCAGUUCGAUGUCAUCAUGCUUCAGCAAGUUUUUUAUAUCCGUAUCCUCCUUUUGUAUCCUUGACUGUUUUUUUGUUUCUAGUCAGCUUUUAGUUUUUGUUUUCUUUUUAUUGCAGUUUGUUAAAUUUUGAUAAGAAAUUGGUUGGAGACAUCUGACCACUUGGAUCGUUUAUAUCAUUUUUCUCUUGUUUACCAUCGUGAUUGUAGAUUCGUAGGUCAUAAUCAUUUAGACAUAGAUGUCCCGUGACAAAAUAUAUCACUGCAUAUUUGCUAAGCUAUAUUGGCAUCAUUAAUUUUUGCCUAAUUAUUCCUAUGAUUAGCCCACUGGUGUUUUUUCAGGUAAGCAAACUCUUCCAUCCUGCUCAUGGCUCGAAUAUUACGAGUGCCUGUACGAUUUAAACAAAAUUUUCUGUAAGAUUGAAGUUUGUAAUUUGAUUUCUUUCAUUGAGUUGUGAACACAUUUUGAUUGAAUGACACUGGUCUUAGCUUUUGUUGAGUUGAACUUUUAUUCGGAGUACAAUG